UUUUUGUCACAAAAUACAAGAGCAAUGAAUGUAGAUAAGCUUUUUAACAUUCCCUCUAGUUCCAUUCCUAGUGGAAAAAACAAAAGGAAACUUACAGCGAAUCCAAAUAUUGAAGUACUUAAAGCAGUGCGUCAAAAAACUAAUCCCGAAGAACUUGAAGAAACUUCCGAUUUUGUAACUGGGAAUAAAGAUUUCAAAACUUCACAGCCUGUUCCAUCAAAAAGUGCUCUUGCCACCUCUAGUUCUUCGAAAGGAAAGGGUAAAGCCGUACAAAUAUCUGAUGAAGUGGAAGAACAAGAAUAUUAUAUUGACGAUUAUGAAGAAUACGAAAGUGAUUUAGAAGAGUUAGAAGAGGAAGAAGGUGGAAGAUUUUAUGGAGGUGGAUUAACUGAAGAGCAAAAAAGAAUUUUAGAUUUAGUUGAUCAGGUUGAUAUUGAGGAGCCAGAAAAUUUAGACUUAGCCGGAGUGCGUAAAAUGAUUCUGAAGUUUGAAAAAGCCAUACGUAAAAAUCAAGAACUUCGCGUUAAAUACCCUGAUGAUCCGACAAAAUUUAUGGAAUCAGAAGCGGACCUUGAUGAAGAAAUUAAACAUUUAUUAACUCUUACUGAAGUACCUGAUCUGUACCCUCAGAUAGUUCAAUUGGGAGCUGUAGAUUUAAUUGUGUCACUUUUAAGUCAUGAGAAUACAGAUAUUACUAUUGAUGCGAUAGAAUUGCUGAAUGAAUUGACAGAUGAAGAUGUUGUAGCAGAACAUGAAGAAGGUGCUAUAAAAAUUUUUAUUGAUGCAUUGCUUGAACAUCAAUUAUUGGAACUUUUAGUCCAGAAUCUAAGUAGAUUAGAUGAAGAGGAACCUGCUGAUAAACAAGGAGUUUUUAACACACUUGGUAUAAUUGAAAAUUUAACAUCAUUUGAUCCUGCAAUAUCUGAGAGAAUUGUUAGAGAUACAAAUUUAUUACAAUGGAUGCUUAACAGAAUUAGGGUCAAAGUGUUUGAUUCUAAUAAACAGUAUUGUAGUGAGUUAUUGGCAAUUUUAUUGCAAAAUAGUCGAGUUAACAGAUUAAAACUUGGAGAGUUGGGUGGUGUUGAUGUUCUAUUACAAGUCUUGAACUCUUAUAAACGUAAAGAUCCAAAGGAUGCCGAUGAAACAGAGAUGAUGGAGAAUUAUUUUGAUGCUCUAUGUUUAGUAUUAGAGGAACCAGAAAUCAAACAAAAAUUUUUGGAAGGUGAAGGGGUUGAACUGAUGUUGAUUAUGAUGAAAGAGAAGAUGAUGUCUCGUAUGCGUUCCAUAAAAGUGUUAGAUCAUGCGUUGUCAACACCAAUGGGAUUAAGGAAUUGUGAGCGGUUUGUAGAGAUAUUCGGACUUAAAACACUCUUUGCUGCUUUUAUGCGUAAGGGCUUAAAAAAACUCAAAAAAAAUUAUAAAACAUUCACCGAAUUUGAAGAAGAAGAACAUAUCAUGGGAAUAAUUAUUUCCUUAUUAAAAAACCUUCCACCUGAUAGUGAAGCUCGAAUGCGGUUAAUAAAUAAAUUUAUUGAAGACAAUUACGAGAAGGUGGACAGAUUGUUGGAAAUUAGAGAAAGUUAUGAAGCUAAAGUCGAAAAUGUUAAUAAGGAGAUUGAAGAAGAGAAAGAGACAUUAGACGGCGAUGAUAGUGAGAUGGAAGAGCUUUACCUAAGACGACGAUUGGAUGGGGGCUUAUUUACUUUACAACUCGUUGAUCUUACAAUUGCGUGGAUUUGUUUCGAGGACUCUGCGAUCAAAGAACAUGUAAGCAUUCUUCUAAAUCGGACAGGACGUAGCUUAUCUAAUGUAAAGACUAUUUUAGAAGAUUAUUUUAAAAACAUGGGCGAUGUCGAUCAGAUUGAGGCUGAAAAUCGGGGUUCCAGUGAAAAUGUCAAAGAAUCGAUGGAAAUAGACAACGAAUUACCAGUGGCAACAAAGACAGAUGAUGAUACUUUAAAGGAGAGAUCAUUAAAAGAAAAACGGAUUGUUGAAAUGUUGAUAGGUUCAUUAUAAAAGAUAAAAUACACUUUCUUUCAAAUUAGAAGUUUGUUUUAUUUUAGUAAUCUCAGAAUAUUCUUUAUAAUUUAUUUUUUACACUUAUAUUGAAUAUGUUUCAGGUGUAACCAAAUAAAAAUUUUAUUUUACAUUGUAAA